AUGAGAAAAACUUGUAGAAUGUGUGCCCAGCAAUAUCGUGAUGAAGAGCUUCAUAAAAGAUUUUGCAAAAGACCAUUAUUUGCAGGGUUCACAAAUAAUGGAGCAAAUAACUGCUUUUUAAAUAGUGCUUUACAAAUUUUAUAUAACAUAAAGACUUUUCGAGAUUCAGUGAACCAAUGAAAUGAAAAAUUGGCUCAUUCACCAAGUGAAGAUUGCGUCACAUGCUCAGUAAAAUCAAUUUUCCAUCAGUAUGCUAAUAUUGAAGCACAAAAUCCAGUUUUAGAUGCAUCCUCAUUGAGGUCUCAGUUAUCAACUGUCUACUCCAAGCAAAACAAAUUUCAACUUAACGACAAAGCUGAUGCAAUGGAAGCUUUGAUUGCAAUUUUAAAUGCUUUUCACUGUAGCGAAAUAGGAAAUGAUUCACAAGGAGUAGACGAAAAAACAUGCUCUUUAUCUUGCAGGCAUCAAUGCCCUUCCCACAUAUAGCGUGGGCACACUUUUAGUACAUUAACGUUUCUCUCCUCAUUCCCCUUUCGUGAGUGAACAAAAAAAUUUUGUUCGCUCUCUGAGGUGGUUAAUUUUUUUUUUUAAAAAUUAUAUCUAAAUUUUUAUAGUAAUUUUUUUUUUCAAAAUUCCAAUUUGGAAAAAUUGAGAAGCAAAAAUUAAUUAAUUGCGAAAUUUAUGUUCUAAAAUGCAAGCUGCUUAAAAUUAGCCAGAAUUAGCUAGAGAUUUCAUAUUAAUAAUUAUCUCUUAUAUAUCGCACGUUUUUAUUCAUUCACGGAGAGUGGGGUUUUAGGCAGAAAAUAGAGAUUUUUCCAAUGGCUUUGUUCGCUCACGGAGGAGGGAGUCAGCAGCCGAGAGAUUUGACUUGUUACUUGAAGGUGACGAUAACUCCAAUUGAAAUUCAGGUAGGUUUGAGUUGUCAAUUUCAAGUGACAAGUCAAAUCUCCCAGCUGCUGAGGAGGAAGAAAUGCUAUGAAACGCUAAAAGCGUGCCCACGCUAUAGCCUUUAAUUUAGAAGUUCUUGAGCAACUCCAAUGCAUUUGUGGAUCGACUUCAGAAGCUACUCCAUGAGAUAUCUCAACCUACAUGCAAACAUUCUAUGCACAAGAUUUAUUAAAAAAAUCAAGAACUAACUCUCAUAAUCUGAAAAGAAUUUCAUAUUCAUCAAUUGCCCUUUAUAAAGAUGAAUCAUCAGUGUUACCUUUUCUUAAAAAAUUUGCAAUGAACCUAAAUGACGUUUUAUUCAACUCUCAACUUGAUCUUUGUGCAAAUGACUCAGAAAAUUGCAUUUAUAAAAAAUCCAAAAGGAAAAUAUAUGCAGUAGACUAUCCAAGGGUUUAUAUGGUUAACAUAGCGUGACAUGAGCUUAUUCCUAGACGCAAUGAUACCUUGAAAUUGAUUGCAUCUCUUCCUGAUAAGCUAAAUCUAAAAGAGAUUUAUGGAGAUUUUCACAGUCCUGAUACAAGCCAUUAUUUGCGUGGGUUUAUUUUAUAUGGAUUAGGGCACUAUAUUGCUUGCCUUUUAAACCUAGAAGAUCUAAAGUGGUACAAGUUUGACGACACUGUAACUGAAAAAAUAAAAGACGGAGGGAAAUAUGACAUGGUUUCUUAUAUCAUUAAAAGAGGAAUGCACCCUGUUGGAGUAUUCUACGAAAGACUAGAAAAAGAUCAUAGAAUUCCAGAGUUAAGUGAAAGCGAGUGGCUGGCAUUUGAAAAAUGAACAUUGAUGAUUGAUGAAGACAACGAAGAAGUGAGACAAAUGACAGAACAAAUUUUAAAGCAGGCACAAAGCUUGAGGAUUCAUGGGAUUGAUAAAAAUGAUCUGCCUGGCAAUGAAGGAAACAGCUCUAAUAAAGAUAAAGAAAAGGUGAGAGAAGAGGAUUCGAGAUCUCAAAGCCAAGAAACAAUAACUUGGGAGUGCGCAUGUGGUUCGAAAAAUCCAGAAACAUUUCUGAUUUGCAAAUCAUGCUCCUCACCAAAGCUUGGGCUUAAAGGGUGAGUAUGCAAGAGCUGCACAUUUUUAAAUCAGAUUUAUGAGUCCAAUUGUGAAGCUUGCUCAGAAGCUAGAGAAGAAACUAACUUUCCCUCUUGAUUAGCGAGCAAAAUUGUUGGGAAAAAAUGUUUUUUAGAGAUUAGCUUCCUUUGAAAAGCUUUGAUAUAAAUAAUUUAUAUAAAAUAUAUUUAUUGAGAUCUCUAGCUAUUUUAUAAAUGCUUGCAUUUUAAAAUAUAAAUUUGUAAAUUAAAAUUAAAAGCAUUUCAUUCGAACAAAUAUUUUUAUCCCCUAGUUAGUGAGCAAAAUAUAAAUUGUGAGCCAAGAUGAGGGAGAGUAAAACAAAAACAUCUAGUAAUAUGGCUUCAGAGUCGAGCUCUUCCAAUAGAGAGGCUAUAACUAAAUCUUCAUGAAAAUGCAUAUGUGGAAAUGAAAAUUAUUUAUCGCAUUGCUGGAAAUGCGGGGAAAAUCGAGUUUCAUAUGAAUUGUGCUCUAUUUGCAAAAGUAUUAUAGAUAAUAAAAGCGACAUAUGUGAAAUUCUCUUGACCCAAUUUAUCUAUCAUAAGAUACCGUUUCCAAGAGAAUAUUUAUCCAGCUACAUAAUCUCCUCUCUUAAGACCAUUUAUUUUAUUUAUAGUCAGUGUCACUAACUAUAUUUAUUUCUAGAGUAAUUUUGCUAAGCUUAAAAUUAAAUUUAUUUAUCUAUUAUAAGGUUCGGUUUCCAGAGAAUCCUUAUCCAGCUACAUCAAGCAUCGGAGGACACACAGCCUCCUCUGGUCUCAUCAUUCGUGUAUUUGGAAGGCUUAGAGUUUGCCCACCCCAGCACAUCAGAGGGUAACCAUUAUGAGUAACGCAUGAUACAGUAGCCAAGUAGGGCACAACGGCAAGGUGCUGAGUGAGAAGUUCAGUCGGCCUGAUGGCUCAUAGUUUUUGAAUACCUACCGAUAUGGUGGACCAUUUUAAGCCUGUGGCAUCAUCAGUCUCCAGCCAAAUCCCUUUAUUAGGAGUGGGACUAGCCACUAUAAUCACCUAAUUUAACUUAUAACUUGCAAAAGUAUUAUAGUUUCGGAUUUCUACUGUAAAAAUUGUGACUUAAAAUUAAGCUCAAAGCAAUGCUAUAGAUGCACGGGCCCAAAUGAAAUCAUUUGCAGGUCAUGCUUCCAAAGUAGCUGGAAAUGCCCAAUCUGCAAUGCAAGAACCUUUGAAAGUUUAAGCAUCUGUUCUAUGUGUGGACACAAUAAAAUAAGUCAGCGAACUGAUUCCACACUUUCAUCAUUGCCUUUAUCAUCUAAAAUUUCAAGUCUAGGCAUAAGAGAUUCAUAUAGCAACUCAGCAGGGUAUGACUGAGAAGCUCAAUAUUCUAGAUCUCCAAUUAGAAAAUCUUUGCCUGGAUACAGUGUUUCAAACAGAAGAGAUCGUUACACGUUGGAUGCAUCGAGUUUAAAACCUGCUGGAUCAAGCUAUUAUUAUCAUAAAUAA